GGACGGUUGAUUUCUCCCCGGGAAGAGAAGAGAAUCACGAGGCCAAGCAAGCGGAGCACUCGUCUGGCUCCCAGCCUAUUUUACUCACAGGUCGCAGCGAUUUUGCUCGGUUCGGACACUACGCCACCCAACGAAUGUCCAUGAGCCAACACUGUUAAUUCAUCCUAAUCGGGUUCCGGUUGAGCCUUUAAGGUAUGCUCCUCUGGAAAAUCAUGUCCCAGAGCUGAUUGUUAAUGCAACAGACUUGCAGCCACUCCUUGAAACUCCAGGCGAGGAAAGGAGAUUGAGUUCAUACCAAUGUUCGUCUAAGUUACAGAUGGAGGGAAAGACUGAGGAAGUGGAAGAUAUUGGAAGUGCUUCUGGUGGUUCACUUAUUGAUGAUUCAGAUGAUGGGUCUUCAACUUCUGAAUUAGAUGGCAGGGCACAUCUCGAGGAACCUUUGACUGAGGAAGAAAUAGAAGGUCUGAUUGCUGAGUUGUUAGAAGUUGAGAGCAAGGCUGCAGAGGCUCAAGAAGCUCUUGAGGAGGAGUCUCUUAACAAAGUAGAGAUCGAGGUUAGGCGAGAGUUGGAGCAAACUCUUCAAGGAGAUGAUUUGGAAUCUGCUGUUGCAGAUGAGAUGACUACUCUUAAAGAAGAGUGGGAAGCUGUUCUGGAUGACCUUGAGACUGAAAGUGCCUAUUUGCUGGAACAACUUGAUAUGGCUGGUGUGGAGCUGCCAAGGCUUUAUAAGUGGAUAGAGAGGGAGGCUCCCAGUGGUUGUUUGACAGAAGCUUGGAAAAAGAGGAAUCAUUGGGUAGGUACUCAGGCAACUGAAGAAUUUGCUGAGUCAGUUGCUGAUGCUGAGAAGCAUCUAGAAGUCUACAGACCUGUUAGAAGACGACAUGGCAAACUGUUGGAAGAGGGUGCCAGUGGAUUUCUUAAAAAAAAACUUGAUGAAUCCAUUGAACCGGUAAAGGAAAAAACUGAUGUGGAUUGGGGUAUGUUUAACAAAAUAUUUCACGAUGGUGGUGAUGCUGAUGCUUCAUUUGGCUGUAAGAAUUGGGCUUCUGUUUAUUUGGCCAGCACUCCGCAACAAGCUGCACUGAUGGGCCUUGAAUUUCCUGGUGUCAACGAGGUGGAGGAGAUUGAUGACAUUGAUGGCACUUCUACUGAUCCAUUUAUUGCAGCUGCAAUUGCAAAUGAAAAGGAACUAGAACUUUCUGAUGAACAGAAGAGAAAGUUUAAAAAGGUCAAAGAAGAAGAUGAUGUAAUUGUUGAUCGGAAGCUUCAAAUCCAUUUAAAACGAAGGAGGUAUCGGAAGAAUAAAAAACAGAGGGAAACCAUAGAGAGUCUCAAGGAAGAAACUUGUGAUGAUAGUGAAAAGGUGGCUAACAAUGAAGUUGAAUGUCUGAAUAUGAAGAAUGAUAAUAUUGAAGAUCUGGGUGGCAUUUAUGACCUUGACAAAGUGAAGCCUAUGAAUAUUGGCCCUUUGUCAGAGCUCUCUAAAUCUUCAUUGCCUGAUGUUGAACAAAGAGGUACCAAGCGACUAAAUGAUGGUGAAGAGUAUAGUGAUACGAAAAAGGGUCGGACUGUCACUAUUAACAGUGGUGAUGAAGCUGAUGCAGUUGAAAAUAAUAUAGUUAGGGAUACAAAUGCAUUAGAUAAUCAGUCUGAGAUGCAAGGCACUUGUGCUAGCAUUGCUGAUAGUCUUCCUUCACAGCACCUGGACAAGAAGUUUUGCUGCACUGUUUGUGAUAAAGUGGCUCUUGAAGUUCACCAACAUCCUCUUUUGGAAGUUAUUAUUUGCUGGGAUUGCAAUUCUUUAAUGGAAGAAAAGAAACGUGUGAAGGAUCUCAAUCCUGAUUGCUCCGAGUGUUAUUGUGCAUGGUGUGGGGGAAGCAAUGAAUUAGUUAGCUGCAAGUCAUGCAAAGUGUUGUUCUGCAACAAUUGCAUAAGGAAGAAUCUUGGUGCAGAAUUCCUUUCUGAAGUUCAGGCCACUGGUUGGCAUUGUUAUUGCUGCCACCCAAAUCUCUUGCAAAGACUAUCAUCACAACUAGAGAAAGCUAUGGGAUCUGUUGAAACAUCAGUUUCCAGCUCUAGUAGUGAUUCGGAUAAUUCACAUGCAGAGACUAAUGUUACAAUCAGUUCUAAGCGAAAGCGCAAAAAGAAGAUUAGGAGGAUCCUUGAUGAUGCUGAAUUAGGAGAGGAAACAAAAAGGAAAAUUGCGAUAGAAAAGGAGCGUCAGGAACGUUUGGAGUCUUUGCGAGUGCAGUUUUCUGCCUCAUCUAACAUCAUGGGCUCUUCUGGGUAUAAGGGGAAUUUAUCAGAAGGUGCAAGUUCUGAAGUCCUUGGUGACGCAUUAACAGGCUAUGUAGUAAAUGUUGUGAGGGAAAAAGGUGAAGAAGCUGUCAGAAUUCCUCCUAGUAUAUCAGCUAAACUGAAAACUCAUCAGAUUGCAGGAAUAAGAUUUAUGUGGGAGAAUAUAAUACAGUCAAUCAGAAAAGUCAAGUCCGGGGAUAAAGGUCUUGGUUGUAUCCUCGCUCAUACAAUGGGCCUUGGUAAAACCUUUCAGGUGAUAGCUUUCUUGUACACAGCAAUGAGAACCACUGACCUGGGGUUAAGAACUGCACUUAUUGUCACGCCAGUCAAUGUGCUGCACAAUUGGCGGCAGGAGUUUAUCAAAUGGAGGCCAUCAGAACUAAAACCACUCAGGGUCUUCAUGCUGGAAGAUGUAUCAAGGGAUAGGAGAGCAGAAAUACUUGCAAAAUGGAGAAACAAAGGUGGCAUAUUUCUGAUUGGCUAUACUGCUUUUCGAAAUUUAUCUUUUGGAAAGCAUGUGAGAGAUCGACACACAGCUCGAGAAAUUUGCCGUGCUUUGCAGGAUGGACCAGACAUACUUGUUUGUGAUGAAGCGCAUAUGAUAAAGAAUAUAAAGGCUGGCAUAACUCAAGCCUUGAAACAGGUAAAAUGCCAUAGGAGAAUUGCCCUGACUGGAUCACCUCUUCAGAACAAUCUCAUGGAGUAUUAUUGUAUGGUUGAUUUUGUAAGAGAAGGUUUUCUUGGAAGCAGUCAUGAAUUUAGGAAUCGCUUCCAAAAUCCUAUAGAGAAUGGUCAACAUACUAAUUCUACACUGGAUGAUGUGAAGAUUAUGAACCAAAGGUCUCACAUCCUCUAUGAACAAUUAAAAGGCUUUGUUCAACGAAUGGACAUGAGUGUGGUGAAGAAUGAUUUGCCUCCAAAAACUGUCUUUGUGAUAAGCGUCAAGCUUUCUCCUCUGCAGAGAAAACUGUACAAGAGAUUUCUCGAUGUGCAUGGAUUCACAAAUGACCGGGCUUCUAAUGAAAAAAUGAGAAAGAGAUGUUUUUUUGUUGGGUACCAGGCGUUAGCUCAGAUAUGGAACCAUCCCGGGAUCUUGCAAUUGACAAAAGAAGACAAGGAUUAUGUUAGACAAGAAGAUGCUGUUGAGAAUUUUCUUGUGGAUGACAGCUCUAGUGACGAAAAUUCUGACUAUAGCGUGCCUGUUGGAGAGAAGGUUGGAUGUGCAAAUGAGUUUCUGCGGAGGAAAGAUGAGAAUGGCUUUUUUCUAAAGGGUUGGUGGAACGAUCUUCUGCAUGAGAAAAAUUAUAAAGAACUUGAUUACAGUGGCAAAAUGGUUUUGCUUCUGGACAUACUAACCAUGAGUUCUGAUGUGGGUGACAAGGUGUUGGUUUUCAGCCAGAGCAUACCAACACUAGACCUCAUAGAACUUUAUCUAUCAAGAUUACUUCGACGAGGCAAACAUGGCAAAUUUUGGAAGAAGGGAAAAGACUGGUAUAGGCUGGAUGGAAGGACUGAGAGCUCUGAAAGGCAGAAGCUGGUUGAGAGGUUUAAUGAGCCUUCCAAUAAUAGAGUGAAGUGCUCCCUUAUUUCAACAAGGGCUGGUUCUUUGGGUAUUAAUCUCCAUGCAGCUAAUCGUGUUGUUAUAGUUGAUGGUUCUUGGAAUCCAACAUACGAUCUCCAGGCCAUCUAUCGAGCUUGGAGGUAUGGCCAGAGAAAGCCUGUGUUUGCUUACCGAUUGCUGGCUCAUGGAACUAUGGAAGAGAAAAUAUAUAAGCGCCAGGUAACAAAGGAGGGGCUUGCUGCUAGAGUGGUUGACAGACAGCAAGUGUACAGGACUAUAUCUAAAGAAGAGAUGUUACAUCUCUUUGAGUUUGGUGAUGAUGAAAACCCUGAGACGUUGGCUGAACUGAGCCAAGAGAAUGGGCAUUCAUUGGAACAAACGAUCCCACAUUCAAAUGGAACCAGCCAUUCCGAUAAGCUAAUGGAAAGCUUACUUAGCAAGCAUCAUCCCAAGUGGAUUGCCAAUUAUCAUGAACACGAAACCUUGUUGCAAGAAAAUGAAGAAGAAAAGCUAUCAAAAGAGGAGCAAGACAUGGCUUGGGAAGUAUACCGGAAAACGUUAGAAUGGGAGGAAGUGCAGAGAGUACCACUGGGUGAAUCUCUGCCUGUUCAAAAGCCCCAAGAGCCGAAUAAUGCACCCCCUGCAUCAAAAUCCCGCAGCCUUUCACCAACAAGGGUGAGGAGCCGUUUUGUGACCCGCAAAUGCACCAACCUUUCACACUUGCUGACGCUUAGAAGUCAAGGCACUAAAUUUGGUUGCAGUACGGUCUGUGGGGAAUGCGCCCAAGAGAUCAGAUGGGAGGACUUGAAGUACAGAGAUGGAAGAGCAAUAAGGUGAAGGAUGAUAUAAUUUUAUCCGUUGAUAUUUUAACUAACCAAUGCAUCUGUUUGUUGUAAAUGUUUAAUGUCCCGAGGUCAAUAUAUAUUCUUUUGUAAUAUUUAUAGCUGUAAAUGGAUUGGGCUUCAUGUUCAAAAUCUUUUUGAAGAAAUUGUAUGGUUACGCUCAUGUUCUGUGGGACUAUCUUCUAAUUGCUGGCGUGGCUUGAAGGUUAACUCGUCUACAGCGAGUCAUGCCUAAUGUAAAUGAAACCUUAUACAGUUUGAUUACAGUUGCUGAUCUAUUUUUCAUUUUGGGUUCAUCAUGGAAAUUUAUGAUACCUUA